AAGCUCUGGCCAGGAGAGGGGAAGAGGAUGUGGCCUGAAGCUCACACAAGGGCUCAGCAGCAGAGCUGGGAAGAGAACCCAAGAGUCCUGGCUCCCAGCCCCUGCUCUAACCAUUAGACACCACGACCACCAGGCUGCCCUGCGGUCAGGCCUGUGACUGGUGCGCGGAAUGACCCUAGCGGCCUCCCGUAGGACCGCACCAUGAUCCCGCCUCCUGCCAAUCAGGAAGAGCAAUGCUCCCUGAGCGACAGCUGCGCCCGGCCUACCCGCCCGAGCGAGCCCAGCCGGGACCAAUCAAGAACGGUGGCGGCGCGCUUAGGGGGCGGGGCUCCCGUGCGACCAACCCAGAGGCGGCGCGGUCGGAACCAAUCAGAGAGUGGGAGGUGGCAAGAUGGCGGCUGCGGAGUGAGGGGACUUGUAUUCAUGGUCUCUGGGGCUUUAGUGAGCUUUUAAUGUGGAGAAUGGCAUGCAGGGGUUUCCUGAGGUUGCUGGCAUCACCUUUGAGAUGUAGGAGAUGGCCCUUAACCCAAGCUCUGGGCCAGCUGGAAACCCGCACCAUGGCCACCCUCAACCAGAUGCACCGUAAGGGCAAGCCAAAGUUUCCCCCACCCAAACUUGGCCCCACUUUUGGCAACCCCCAGCUCAAGGGAGUGGUCCUCAAGACCAUGAUUCGCAAGCCCAAGAAGCCCAACUCUGCCAACAGAAAGUGCGCCCGGGUGCGGCUUAGCAACGGCAAGGAGGUGGUCUGCUUCAUUCCCGGAGAAGGUCACAACUUGCAGGAGCACAGUAUUGUGCUGGUGGAAGGUGGAAGGACACAGGACUUGCCGGGGGUGAAGCUCAAAAUAGUGCGAGGGAAAUAUGACUGCGCCCAUGUUCAGAAGAAGACAUAAGCACUCCGCGCUGAGAGGUGGCGUGGGAUUGUAAAGUUCCCAGCUUAGUAGGAAAGGAGUUUUAAUCACAUCUGCAUUUGUAUCGUGGCAGAUAUCCUCCAGAGACUUUACUACUUGCUCUGUACUGUUGUGAAGUAUUUACAUGCAGACCAUGCUCAUUAAAUUCUAACUCGUCUCUGAGAGA